CCAGAUUGAGGGAGAGGAGAGGGAUUCUUCAGUAGGAUUUUGGUGGUGAAGGACCGCUUCCUGUGAGCAUUGAGAAUGCCAGUCAUAAAUGUGGAGGACCUGACGGACAAGGAUAAGGCUGUGAUGGAAGUAAACCAACUCAAAAUUGAAGUAAAGCUUGAGAGGUGGUUGACAUCUAAAUGCUGUGAGGAAAUCAAGGAGUACAUUCAGGCUGGAGUGGAGGAGGACACCCUCGUCAAAGGCAUUUCAGAGGAGAAGAACCCCUUCAAGGAGAAAGGUGGCUGUGUCAUCUGCUGAAAUGGACCUGAGGAGCUUUUCCUAUCUCAGAUUAGUACCCAAGGACAUUCUCCCUCCCCUCGUAAAGUGGAUUUGCAGACUGAGAAGACUAGAAGGACACAGUAAAGACAGGAGUUAUACAACUGCACGAGCUACCCUGUAAAUGAAUUCACCAUUUUUUGGGGGGCAGAUUUGUAGCCUUACAAUUUCACCCUUUGAACAGAUGCAAUAAAUAAGAGAUUUUGUUCUGCACGAGUUCCAACAACAAUGCUUCCCUCUCAUGUGAUGUAUAUAGUCUGAGUAAAUGGGUCUGUGUGUUGUUUCAUGCACUGAAGCAACUGUCAUUAAACGUGCAUGUUGAUAACUCA